AUGACCGGAUACCACACACCUCCACCUACACCCAACUUCAACCACACACCACCACCCUACUUCAACCACACACCGCCACCACCACCCAACUUCAACCACACACCGCCACCACCACCCAACUUCAACUACACACCACCACCUCCACCAAACGUCAACCACAUACCACCACCCAACUUCAACCACACACCAGCACUACCAGCUCUCCUACACUGUGAUCACAACAACGAAGGAGGUCUGCAAUCACCGCCUCCACCUCUGUCUCCGCCUCUGCCUCCACCCCCGCCUCCGUUUGGUGGUCAUGGUUCCUCAGUCUCACAUCCAACCAGUGCUUCGACGUCGACUAUUUAUUCAUCUGCUACAUCGAGACUUCCGAUUCAAGGUGGUCUGGGAUCAUCCCAACCAAUUCAUUACACUGGAGAUAGCCUUCGGGCCUCUACCAACUCCUUUGCUAAUGAAAACGUCAUUGGUGAAGGAGGUUUUCAUAAAGUGUAUCCAGACGAACUUUCAGGGGGAUUAAUGGUCGCAAUUAAUGUCCCAAGCAGACAUGGAAUUUCCCAACAUGAUUUUGAUAGAGAAAUAAACUUGUUUUCGGGGGUUAGACAUGAAAAUAUUAUUCCCUUGCUUGGUUUUUGUCGUGGCCCACAGUUGCUUGUUUAUGGUUAUGCUCCUAACUCUGAUUUGCGUCAUCAUCUCCAUGGUAUGCAAUCAAUGAACUGA